AUUUUUCGCCGAAAUUCGAAGUUUGCCCUACUGCCUGGCUGGCAACCCGGCCUUUUUCGAACAAGGCCGGGUUGUUUUCGAACUUUUGAUCUUACCGCCGUCGCCGAACAGCAUCCUCAUUUUCACAUUUUUCCGCGAGUAGCAACAGAGCAAGCUUCGUUUUGGUGCGUACCGUGAGUUAAUUCCACCGUCCCGCAUCGUGAACUUGAUAUCCCUCCUGCUGUGUGGCGCCGCAUCAGAAAAAAAUCCGUGAUAGUGCGCGUUGUGCGUGUGUGCGAAGAGUGCGUUUGCUCCCAAAAAAAGUGGAUCCUUAUCGAGUGCGUGCACAUUGCCGUAGUGUGCGGGUCAGCGAUUGGGCCGUGAAAGCAGAUAUCGCGAAGCAAAAGUGCCAACCCAGUGAGUGCUAGAUCGAAAAAGCGAAGAGGCGAAGAAGGCACCACCAGCAUCACCGUCAUCAUCAUCAAUCGGUGGUCAAAGUAUCCACGGGAUAUCGCCCAACGAGAGAAGCAACCAAGCAGCCUGUAAAACCGGUCAGCAGUCACACGUAUAUCGCAUCAAAAUGGUUAUCAAAGUGUACAUCAGCGGAAUGUCCGGCAACAAAGAGGUGAAAAAACGUCAGCAACGUGUCGCAUUAAUAUUGGACAGCAAACAGAUCGAGUACAGUGUCAUCGAUAUAACGGAAUCCUCGGAAGCGGCAUCGGCGGAGAAGGAGUUUAUGCAGACCAACGCCCUCCAAAAAGGCUCCACGAUCAGCGAUCCAAAUCCACGCCAUCCACUACCUCCACAAAUAUUCAAAGAUGAAGUUUACUGCGGUGACUACGAGGGGUUCGAUGCCGCAAACGAGGAAGAUAAACUGGAGGAAUUUCUCCAGCUGCGACCGGCGUCCAAGGCGGUGACGACGGAACCAGCCAAGAACAGUGAAGCAGAGGAGACCGCAGCAGAAGCAGCAGCGGACGACGAUACAAACGAAAACAAAGAAAACAAGACUGAAGACAGCAACGGCGGUGAAGCGAAUGAUGAGAAGCCACCGGAACCGAUGGCAGCGGAAGAAAGUGAUCAGAAGAAGGAAGCGGAAGACGGCCCAGCGGAAGAUGUCGUAGACAACAGCAGCAAAGCCGAGCAAUCCGAGAAGACAGGAAAUGGAGAAAGCACAUCGGAAACUGUCCUGGAACCAGCAGCAAACACAGAUAACGGUGGAGCGAUCGACGAGGAGCCAAUACAAAAAAUGGAAACAAACGAAAGUGACACAGCAGUUGAAGCGCAAACGGAAAUUGCGGCAGAUCAAAAGCCAAUGUCGGAAGGGGAUCAAAAGGAUGAAGACCAUACCGAAACUAUUCAAGAACCGGUAGGCGAGAGUGAAACUGACCAUGAUUCGGAAUCUGCCACAGUUUCUCCGCCGAUCAAUGAAGACGCUAAUGAGGAGCAACUAGAAGCAAAGAUUGCCAGUGCAGUUGAAACUGCCCCAACGCUCCGAGAAGAUGAGCUACUACCGAGAGAGGAGAGUGACGCUACCGAUGAGGAUGAGGAGGAGGAUUCUGACGAUCAGCCUGAUUCCGUUGUUGAAGCAACAAAGGAUGCUACUGGUCCAGAUGAUGGCCCAGGAGAGGAUCGUACGGCCGAUCAGGAACCUCAGCAAACGGAAAUAGAACAAAACGAACAGAAAGUCGAUUUGCCAGGAGACAGUGAGGAUGAAUCCAAUGUUGAAGCAACAAUGGAGUCCAUUGAUACAGAAGGACACAACGAAAAGAAAGACGACCUCGAAAGAAAUAUUGCAGAUGAAGUUGAGGAAUCGAUCCAUACAGAACCUACAUCAACAUCCCGACAAAGCUCCACAACAGAUGAUCAGGAUGAGGUUGUUUCGACGGAGGAGGAUCAAAGCACGACGAUGACGGCAACCACGACGACGGAACAGCCUGCACAUGAGCCUGGCCCGUUAUCAAACGCUGAUAGUGUCGAGGAACAGCAGCGGUCGGCCACCAGUGGUGAUGCUACGAUGGUGGAUGCUGACGACACCGAGGAACAGGAACUGAUCCGCGCCUCGGCAGCACUGGCAGGCCAGAGUGAGGAUGCGCAAGAGGAAGUCAUCGAGGACGACGACGGCGCAGACGCGGAUGCUGAUGAGCCAGAAACGGAGCAGAACCGUGCCGCAGAGGAUGCGAUCUCCAGCAAGUUAAUCGAUACCGACGAUCCCAUGCUGGCGGAACAGGAACAAGAGGAAUAGAAAGGGGGAGAGAGCGGCGGAUGAUGAUGAAACCGUCAAUCCACCGGCAAUGUCGUCCAUAUUGUCACCACCAUCGCCAUCCAUAUCAUAUCAUCACACAUCAUCUUGUUGUCGCCCGCAUCCUCGCGUUUACUUAUUAGGUCGUGCCAUAUAUGAUCACCGGAAAACCACGUUAGAAGACAACCAACGACGAUGAGCUGUUCGAAUACUACUGCUGCUACUUUUUCUUCUACUACUGCUACUAUUGCAGCAACGACUACACUACUCUCUCUUUCUGUACACCACGUUUCGCAGCAUCGGAAAAGUACUAGCGAUGGGCGAAGAGGAAAGAAGAGUGUCCCUGCAGUGUUUCUUUGGGAACGAUUACGAGACCAGAAGCGUUUGGGUCCUUCUUAUCAGUGCCGGCGAUUAAGAGCAUAGAUUGGAGGGCCUAUAGCGCUUCAUAUUUCCUCGUUUUGGAAUAACUACAACAGGUGAUGAAGGAGAGAGAGAGAGAGUGGAUAGCGCGCCACGUGUUUUGAAUUUCGACGCACAACGUGCGGCAUUUAUCGUACGGCAGAGCGAAACGAUUGGAGUGGGUGUGUUGCGGAGGACAGAAAUCGAACCGCCCGUAUCAUGCCACGAAAGGCUGGACCGAAGGGGAAUCUUUCAAAAUACCUACCAAGUGAUCAUUCUUUAAGAACAAGUCCGGUUAAUAAAACGAAUUAUUUUUAAA